UUUUUAGUACUGCACCUACCUGUUGUGGCUUUUAACCAUGCAAAUGCAUCAAAAUUCCAUUAUACUAUUCCACUGUUCUGUGGAUCUGACCUUCAUCUCUUAGCUCUGCCAAUGCCAAAAAUCCAUGGUGUCAAGGUUUUUUUUUCCUCUCUCUACCCAUUUGCUCUGCUUAUUCAGAAAAAUCAAAGCCAAUUGGAGUCUGCUUUGUAAGUUAGAAUAAUUGAGAAACUUUGCUCUGCCCAGUUCAUAUGGUUAGUAUCAACAUUUGUGAGGUCUAGAAGAGUACAUUUUGGUUUUUGUUCACAUCAUAUUCAGUAACUUUUUGUUGCAGAUUUACAAGCUUUUGACUUCUGUGGUUAGUUACUUCUGUAGACAAAUGCCAUAUAUGCUACUGUAGUAGUGAAAGAUGCUUCAACUUUGGAUUGUGUUCUUUUGAUUUUUUGGUUGCUAUAACAAAUAUAGCAAUUGGGUUGUAGUCACUUGAAAAGGCAAAGUAGAUGUUUCCUUUGUCUGGUGAAUAGGAUGAUUCAUAGAACUCAUGACCCUAGUUCUGGACUGGAAGAAAAAUCUUGAGUUAGUUGUCUUACAUGCUUGAAUCUUAAUGUUUCAGUUUUCUUUUCUCUUUAGGAACACUUCAUCUUAAUCUCUGAACCCUCGAGUUGUUUGUUUCAUUCUUUUAUUUUUCACUUUUUGUUCUCUUCCCAAAUAAAUAGUAUCACAGACUGCUUUUGCUGAAAACUUGAAUCUGGGACUGUUUUCCUAGUGCCAGAUCUGUCAUGCACUACGUUGUCAAUGCAUAUAUUUGAUGUAAGAUCCAAAUUGUUCUGGUAUUCUUGGUAUCUGCACUGCAACUGCAGUUGGUACUAGAUACAGUAGAUACAUAAUCUCUCCCUAUAACUCUGGGGUGUUUGUGUGUGAGAGAGAGAGCUAAGAAAAUUCUACUGGAAAAUCUGGUACACUGAGAAUGAGAUCUAUAGACGAUAAGGGAUGCUUGAAUUAUGGACCAACACAAGACAUUUCAAAUAGCAGUGCUAUCAGUUUUGAGUUUCACAAAGGAAAUGGCCUGAAUCGUACUCCUAAUCAUCGGACAGCCUUGGGGAAACCAACCCCAUCAAAAUGGGAUGAUGCACAAAAAUGGUUGGUCAAUUUGUCAAGAGGGGGAGAGAAAAAACAAUCCACAACAAAGCCGCGUAAUUCAAAUGCAGAUGACAGAAGGUUAAUAGAUUCAGUCCCAAAGAAGGAGGACGAUUCAAGUGGAGACGAUGAAGAAGGAAAUGAAUGCCCUGGAUCUGCAAGAACAACUCAAUAUGAAGUAGAAACAAAGAAGGUUGAUUGUGAAGAGUCAAUAUGGAGAAUCAACAAGCCUUCAGGAAAUUCUAUUGCUGUUGUUAGAUCAAUUUGUGUGAGGGAUAUGGGGACUGAGAUGACCCCAAUUGCUAGCCAAGAGCCUUCAAGAACUGCCACUCCUAUUAGGGCCAUGACUCCAGUAGGAAGGAGCCCCAUAAAUUCAGGAUCCACAACUCCAGUGAGAUUUCAAAAUGGGGUGCAGCCUCUUGAGCAUGGUCAAACAAGUAUGACAUUUGCUGAGAACAGAGGCGAGGCCAGUAGGGGCUAUGGUGGAACAGGACGAUUUAGCAGAAACGGAGAAGAGUUCAAUGUCAACAAUAUGCCUGAGAACAGGAACUCAGAUCAAGGUACAAAGGUGAACCCUCUGGAAACCCGAGCAACAGCUUGGGAUGAGGCCGAACGUGCCAAAUACAUGGCAAGGUAUAAGCGUGAAGAGGUGAAGAUAGAGGCCUGGGAGAAUCAUGAGAAAAGGAAAGCUGAAAUGGAAAUGAAACGAACCGAGGCGAAGGCUGAAAGAUUGAAGUCUCGAGCACAAGAGUGGUAUACAAACAAACUUGCUGCAACAAGGAGGAUAGCUGAGGAGAAGCGCUCAAAUGCUGAGGCCAAACUUAAUGAAAAAGCAGUGAGGACUUCCGAAAGGGCAGAUUAUAUAAGGAGGACGGGUCAUCUGCCUUCUUCCUUUUCCCUUAAGCUGCCUUCCUUCUGCUGGUAGCAACUCUGCAGUGUGUUUAGAUGUAAUAUCUGCCAUUAACUUUAUAGUUCCUUUUCAUUUUCUUUCUCCUUUCUUAAAUGUCAAGUUGUGGAUUUAUGAUCAAUUGUUGUAUCGAGUGUUGGAAACUCCAUUCAGGAUGUUUUUCGAAUAAGUUCUAAACACCCAUGUUUGUAAACUUUUUUCAAGAUGCAUAUAGUUCUUGAUUGAGACAGUAAAGACAGAAGAUGUGGUUCUUAUUUGUCAAGGAGAACCUAAAAUUUCUUACCCGAUCUUGCAUUAGCUGCCAGCAACGUGUUCUAAUCAAAUGAUCAUAUUGAAAAUCUGGC